AUGGGAAGUGUAACUUUUCAGAUUCGUUUAUUUUUCAUGCUGGCAGUGUUACUUCUCCCAUGGAACCUUUUUAACAAUAUGCCAAAAGCAUUCGUAGAAGGUACCUUGAAAAUAUUACCAACAAACGAUUUAAUAGACGGUAUAAUUGUGCACCUUCCAUACAGGUUUAUAAAAUACAAGGUACAAAGCCCAGGUAUUUAUUUGAAUACAAAUUUUGAAGACAUAAAUUCAGCAAUAAAUUUCAUCGAAAUACAGAAAAAGUUAUCUAAUGUACAUUGUAAUCUGAGUAAAGAAAAGGGGGAAAUAAUUCAUGGGGAUGAUAAUAUAUUAAGAACAAAUAACUGUGUCCUUUUUAUAAAUAUAAAAUAUAAAGAUAAUUUAAAAAAUAUUUAUGAAUUUAUGAAUUAUUUAUAUUUAAAUACAAGUGCAUCUGCUUUAAUAUUUAUAUGUGACAAUUUUUUAUAUGAAAAUGAAAUAUACAACCCACAUGAGGAAUUAAAUACAACGAUUCUUCAUUCCAGUCUCUUGACAUAUUUGGUACCAUAUGAUGCUAUGUUAAAUUAUCAAGAGAAGGAUAACUACCAUUUGUAUACGUUUGAAUUAUAUUGGGGAAUAAGUAACAAAAGUGAUAUUGUUCAUAUAAAUUAUCAUUUAGAUUUUGGCAAAUAUUUUAAUUACACUUUUUUCUUGUACAUGAAAAAUUUUUUACUUGAUUUAAAGGAACGCAUAGCUUAUGAAAUUAAUUUCAGUAUCCACAAAAAUUUUACAAUUGAUCCUCGUUUUUGUUUUAUUAGAGAUUCUUCAUAUUGCAUAAGUAAACCUGAUUAUAUGAAUUCCAAUGUAGUACGAGAGGUAGUUGAGCAGCAGGUAAGAAGUUUAUGUAUUUAUGAAAUGACAGCCAUUAAGGUAGAACACUUUGCUGAAUCUGUAGAGGAAGUAAAUUCCCUAAGUAUACAGAAUCCUAUAAAUCAGAUGCGUCCAAAUGAUGUUGAAAAAGUUAGAGAUAAGGAGCUAAAGGAUGUUAGUUCUAAAAAAUUGGAUGAUACAAGAGAAAAUGGAAAAAAUUACGCAAAAUACACAAAAGAGAAUAAUUAUAACCCAGAAGGAAAAGAACUAAGGUUUAGUGAAAAAUUCAUUUAUUACAUAAAUGCUUUGUUCGACUUUGACUUUGAAAAAAAACUAUGUUCAAAUGGAUCAAAUGAUUUAACCAAAAAAUGUUCCGAAAAAAUUUUAGCAUAUUUAAAUGUUCCUGUUCAUGAAGUUAACAAAUGUUUUUUGAAAAAUUUCCAUACAUACAUGAAAAAUAUGAUAAAAACGAAGUUUUAUGUUUAUUCGAUACAAAUAAAUGGUAACACAUAUAAAAUAAAACUCAAUAAAGAUAUCAGCACAAAGCUUAUAUGUUCAGCCUUCAAAAAUAUGCCCAAGAGGUGUACGGAUUAUUUCGCCGGAGGAAUUUAUGGCACUUCUCUGGUGCGCAAAAAGAGCAAGGAAAAGGAACUGUUUGCUUUUUACAUUCUCCUACUUCUAGUAUUGUCUCACAUGUUGGGGACUUUACUAAACUACUUGUAA